AUGUCCCUCUGGACGCCGGCGCUGUGGGCCGCCCAGGCCGCCCUCGCGCGACAGCCCCUGCGGAUCUUUGUGGCCAGCCCGGAGCUGUGGGAGGAGAUCUGUGACAAGGACUGGGGCUACGCCUACCAUUUGGAGCGCUGGUUCCACCGGCUGCUGCUCGAGCACCUGCCGGCGACCCUGACUAACGAGGCCGAGAGCGCGGACUUCGUCUAUGUGCCCCACUGCGCCAUGAACGUUUACCUGGCGUGGAAGCAGGAGGCGCUGUCCAGCUCCGACGACGCAACGCGCGCCGGCGCCGGGGCGGCCGGGGACGCGCUGCACGGCCCGGCGCGCCGGGCCGCGGAGCGGUACCUCGUGGGCGUGCUGCGCCGGGCCUUUGGCAGCCCUGCGGUGAGGAGCUGCCAGGCGCGGUUCCCCGGGUGCAAGCUGCUCUUCGCGCUGAUGGCCUUCUGCCGGGACGAGCUGCCGGCCUUCCACCGCGCGGCGCCUUCUGCGGUGGUGAUCACCACCUGCGGGGUGAAGACGCGGGACCUCCGGCGCCAGGGCUGCGCUUGUCGGGAGCACUGCCUCAGGCAGGUGGCCGGUCCCUGGGACGUGGUGGUGCCUUGGAACAUUGCGCACAACUCCAGCAGCACGCAGGCGCGUUUUGCCGGCGGAACCCCAAAACGCCGGCUGCUGGCUUUCUUCGCCGGGGCCAACACCUCCUGCAGCCGCAGCGAGCUGGUGAGGCGCUGGGGCGACGCCAAGGACAUGGUGAUACAGGGCCGGGCCAUGGCCCCGGGCGCCUUCGCGCGGCACGGGCUGGGGGCCAAGUUCUGCCCGGUCUUGGACGGGCAUUGGCCCUCCACCCAGCGGCUGCCCGCCGUGGUGGUGAAGGGCUGCGUGCCGCUGCUGAUCUCCAAUCGCUUGAGGCUACCUUGGGAUGCUCGGAGCGAAUCGUCGGAGGUGCAGUUCAGAAUCACUGCGAAGUUGGCGAGGAUGACCUGA